AAGCUUCAGUACAAAUACCAAUCUAAGCGAAGAGAGAGGUGCAGAGGAGGAGUGGAGUGAAAAAGGUUUUUUGGUACGAAAGCAAGGGAAAGUUCGCAACAUUUAAUACGCAUUUCAUUUAAUUUCGUUCCUUCAGUAUGGCCGUUAAUGAAUCUGAACCGCUUUACUGCGGUUCUGGCAUGGAUAAUUUUCAUACCAGCUAUAAAAAUCUACAUGGUUAUAUAUCACUUAUUGUCUGCAUACUGGGCACCAUAGCAAAUACCCUAAACAUCAUUGUUUUGACACGUCGAGAAAUGCGCUCACCUACAAAUGCCAUAUUGACGGGUUUGGCGGUGGCCGAUUUGGCUGUCAUGCUUGAGUAUAUUCCGUACACAGUACACGACUACAUAUUGUGGGAGAGGCUGCCACGUGAACAACAAUUGAGUUAUCCUUGGGCCUGUUUUAUUAAAUUCCACUCAAUCUUUGCUCAAGUACUGCACACCAUCUCCAUCUGGUUGACAGUGACACUGGCUGUUUGGCGUUACAUAGCCGUGGGUUAUCCGCAAAAGAAUCGUCAGUGGUGUGGCAUGCGUACCACCAUUAUAACAAUAACGAGUGCGUAUGUGGUGUGCGUGUUGGUGGUGUCGCCCUCCUUCUAUUUGAUCACAUCAAUAGCAGAAUUUUUAGAAAUGUUAGAUGUAAAUGGCAAGACUGUUCACUCGAUACCAUUGUCACAAUACGGAAUUGAGUUAUUGAAUGAAACAGCAAUGGCUGCAACAACUACAACAACAACAGAGAUGGAUGUGGCCACAAACUGGCAUAAUGUCACACAAACAACAGCCGAAAUGCUUUUAAGCACUUUUAAUUCAUCCAUAAAAACUACUACAACCACCUCCACCACCAGCACUACCACUACAAUUGCCCCCCUGUUGGCUAAUAACGCCAGUGGUUCCAUGGCAACUGAAGUGGUGCGCAACAUAACCGUUUAUCGUCUCUAUCACAGUGAUUUGGCAUUGCGUAACAAAAGCUUACUCAAUGCCACAUUUCUCAUUUACAGCGUCUUGAUUAAAUUAAUACCCUGCAUUGCUUUAACCAUUUUAUCGGUGCGUCUGAUAAUGGCACUGCUGGAGGCAAAACGUCGCCGCAAAAUGCUCACCAGUAAUGCUGCCAAUGGCAUGAAGCCCAUCGUCAAUGGCAAAGUGGUGGAACAGGCGAGACCGCGUAAGAAUAGCAAAACGCUGGAGAAGGAGAAACAAACAGAUCGUACAACGAAAAUGUUGCUGGCUGUGCUGUUGUUGUUUCUCAUAACGGAAUUUCCACAGGGCAUCAUGGGUCUGCUGAAUAUGGUGCUGGGCGAUGCAUUUCUAAUGCAGUGCUAUUUGCGACUGAGUGAUCUAAUGGACAUAUUGGCACUCAUCAAUUCAAGCAUUAAUUUUAUACUCUAUUGUUCGAUGAGCCGACAAUUUCGUACAACAUUUACACUAUUGUUUCGUCCCAAGUUCUUGGAUAAAUGGCUGCCAGUGGCCCAAGAUGAUGAGACAAUGGGUGGCGGAGGAGGCGGUGUGGGUGGUGCGACUGGUCGUGCUGGUGCUAAUAGUCAGCGUCAAGGCGGCAGUGGUAGUGGAGGACGAACGAAUGGCAUACAACGAGAUAUGAUUAGUAAAAGUGUAAUGGGCGAGCAGAACUUCAACACUACAACACAAGUAACGAAUGUGUAGCAGCAAAAACAACAACAACAGCAACAAUAUAAACAACAACCACUACCACCACCACCAGCAGCAGCAACAACAAUAAUUCCAGAGCUUAAGGAAACAGAAAACGAGCAGGAGGUGGCUGAUGAACAGCAACAGAAGGGUAAUAAAAUGUUGAUUGCUGCAGACAUUAAGGGAGCAACUAAUGCUUUAGAAGGUAUUUGUCAUUUAGAUAUUAAGCUUAAACAUAAGAACAGCGAUUUUAAAAAUGAGUGUCAAACACAUUAUAAAGAUAAUUACAGUACUGAUAAUAAUUGCUACAAUGAUAAACACAAAUACUCUCAGUCAGAGGUAGCUGCUACUUGUAGCCACGAGCCAGCAGUAGCAAGUACAGCUAAAUGUAGACAGAGUUUUAACAAUAAUAAUAAUAACAAGAAAACAAACGAAACAACAACACCAGCAACAAAAACAUCAACCUCAUUAUUAAAUUGUAUAUUAUGUAGUUUAAAACGUCAUCAUAGUUUAAA